GAUGGCAGCACUGAUCAUACCUUACUGAAUCCUUUUCCGUUUUGAUUCAGCGUGUCAAGAAGAAGUACCUGAAUAUCAGUCAUGGCCCCAAGAAAGGGAAAACAGCAGCAGGAGCAGCCUCAAGUAUCUCUUGGACCUCAGGUUCGAGAGGGAGAAAUUGUGUUUGGAGUGGCACACAUUUUCGCUAGUUUCAAUGAUACCUUCGUCCAUGUCACAGAUUUGUCAGGAAGGGAAACCAUUGCGCGUGUUACUGGUGGAAUGAAAGUGAAAGCAGAUCGUGAUGAAGCUUCGCCAUACGCUGCUAUGUUGGCUGCUCAGGUAUAUAGAAUAUUUUUUACAUGUUUACAUUUGCAUGCAUGAGAGCAAAUCACAUCUCACAUAAAAUU